GUUUUUCCACUUUAUUUGUGAAGAACUGCCAGAAAAUGGUGUAGUGAACAUUUCAUCACUCUAAAACUCCUUCUUUUACGCUUCUUUUUUCCAAACACUAUUUUUGUAAGGUUUCCUUUAACUAAACGGAUGUCUGUGCAAACCUCUCCUGUCGGUGUGACUCGGAUUGGGGCCGCAGGUGUGACAGAAGAGAGCCCUGGGGAGCCAGCCCGGCCCCUCCUGCGCCUUCUCCUUUCCGCCGUGGGUUUGCUUUGCCUUCCCCAGGAAAACGCGGCACGGGUGCCACCGCUCCUGCGAGCGCUGUGGGUGGCGGUGGGCAAGGGUGUCCUUGUCCCCGGUGCCGGUGUCCCCGGUGUCCCCGCCCCGGUGUCCCCGGCCGCUCUCCGGGCCCGGGGCCGUUCCUCAGGACAGCGGCCCCGGGGUCGCGGUGCGCGCUCCCCCUUAAAGCGGCGAUGUCCCUGGCACAGCGCGGCCGCCCGGGGCUGGGCCGCGGCCCGUUUAAGGCGGGGCCGGCCGCGCGGGGUAGCGGCCAUGCUGCGGGCCCGGUGGGUGCUGCCGCUGGCGGUGGGCGCGGGGCUGGGGGCGGCCCUCGGCCGCUGGGAGCGCCGGGAACAUCGGGAGCACCGGGAGCGGGGCGAUGCGGCCGAGGGGCUGCUGGCCCGCCUGCCCGUGCUGCCCGCCGUGGCGGCGGCCAGCCUGCCCGCGCCGCCGGGCUCGGUGCGCACCGAGCUGAGCAAGUACGGGCUGCCCGGGCUGGCGCAGCUGCGGAGCCGCGAGUCCUACGUGCUGUGCUACGACCCGCGGAGCCGCAGCGCGCUCUGGGUCAUCGAGCAGCUCAACCGGGACACGCUCAGCGGUGCUUCCGACCGCGCCGCCUGCGACUUCCAGGAGGACGACUCGGUGCACGAAUAUCACCGCGCCACCAACGCCGACUACCGCGGCAGCGGCUUCGACCGCGGGCACCUGGCGGCCGCCGCCAACCACCGGUGGAGCCAGAAGGCCAUGAGGGACACGUUCUACCUGAGCAACAUCGCCCCGCAGAAUCCUCAUUUAAACCAGAAUGCCUGGAAUAACCUUGAGAAGUACUGCAGGAGCUUGGCAAAAAACAACAGGAAUGUCUACGUCUGCACAGGACCCCUGUUCCUGCCCAGGAUGGAGGCCGAUGGGAAGAUGUACGUGAAGUACCAGGUGAUUGGGAAGAACAACGUGGCUGUCCCCACCCACUUCUUCAAGGUGCUCAUCUUGGAAAAGGAGAGUGGGGAGAUUGAGUUGCGCUCCUACGUGAUGCCCAACAGCCCUGUGGAUGAUAAAAUCCCCCUGGAACGGUUCCUGGUUCCCAUUGAGAGCAUUGAGAGAGCCUCGGGGCUCCUCUUUGUCCCAAACAUCCUCAGGAGAACAAGUAACUUGAAAGCCAUCACAGCUGGAAAGCAGUGACCCCUGACUAGAACAAGUACAGGUAACCCCUGGCAAGGGACUGGCAAUCACCUGCAGAAUUCCUUGUGCAGUUGUAAAUGUGGGAAUUCAGAUUCAAACCUGUGCUUCUCUCCACUGUU